AUGGCCUUACAACCAUUUACGAAUGAACAGUUGAAUUAUUUCAAGUUUGCUUGCAUCGUACUGAAUGAAAUUCCUAAAGCAUUACGACAAACUUUUAAACAGAUGUGGAACAACACUUUUGCGUCACUUCCUGGUUUUCAGUCUUGGGACGACUCUCAUGCUGUACGUAACUUGUUCUUAAGUACUGAAGGUGGAGCAUCCAAAGUCCCCACACAUCUUUCCUAUGAUGAAUGGGAUUGCACAGUCUUGUUCCAGGCCACCAUCUAUGCGCGGUCCUUUGCUUUGCCAGAUAGCAAAGGCCAUCACAGGAUACUUCAUGAUUUGUACUUGAGGUCCCGUAAAUUACCACGCGGUAUUUUCCAUUCUUCUGUAGUUAGUCCGACUGGAGAUGACGCAGAAACCUUUGCACUGGCGAUCGAUCAGCUUCGUUUGUUGAGAAAUUCGCUCUGUCAUUUAAAUAAAUCCGAAUUGGACAAAAUAGUGUUUGAUCGGUACGUUCAACUCGCUAAAGACGCGAUUAAAGCCCUUGGAGUUGAUACUAAACCUAUUGACGCUGUUGGAAGUUUGACUGAAUCUGACUUUCCCACCGAGAAAGUUCGGAAGUUAGAAGAUGCUGCUAGAAAAGAGCUUCUAAAAAGAAACGAAUUCCUCGAAGAAGAAGUUAUUGAUGACUUGCAUCUCUUACAGAAAUCUCAGCAGGAAGGUAUUGAAGAGCUAAAGAAGACAAUCGAGUCUGCAAAUGCCACUACCCAAGGCACGAUUGAAACUAAGUUUGCCGAGCUUCAAAUUGAAAGCAGAACUGUCAGAGAAUGUGUUAAAGUAGAACUACAUCGUCUACAGGAAUCGCAAAAAGAUGACACUGAGAACCUGAAAGAGGCAAUCGUUAAGAAGAUGAACGAGUUUAGCCAAGAGAUAAAAGAAAUUCUAAAGGAGCCGCAAAGUUCAGGUGAAAAGCAAAUUAAAACGAAAUCUUCUGUGAUUCUGAUUUGACCAGAACUUGAACCGCGCAUUCAUCGGGUUUCACCGAGUGAUUUGGUGAUGCUUAGUACCUUUCUUUUAGCGCUACUGACAAUUUGGUGUCCUUCACAGUCGUUGAAUAGUCUUGUAAGUAAUCGACACACAAUGCGUUCUCUCUGAAAAAACAAGUUACGUGACGAGGCAAAAAUAGGCUGCAUGGAAAACUACUCAAAUUUCAUUUCUCAAUAUUUUAUAUAAUUAUAUUUUUCUGAGGUAGAAAUACUGCUAAACUUAAUUCAUUCAUUUCAAUGCCGUUUAUCAGUUCGAAAACGAGGCUGACCUGUGAAAAUAGAUCUUCCGGAUCUCAUAUUCAUUUUUUCUGCUGAAUAACGCAGGGGUUGAUUGAAUUGUGCCAGAGGUUGAAUUAUUAAAUCUGUAGAAAUAGAACAAACAAAGAGGCCUCCAAUCUGCUAUGUUUUAUCAAAGAUUAAUUAAACCGUUGUGAUUGCAGCCACAAAAGAGGGAGAGCUUACCCAAUAUAUGCUUAAAGAUAACACCUCAGCCACUGAGUCACACAAGCAAGCACUAAACAUCAGACAAACGGUAUUGGGUAAAGAUCAUGAGAACACCGCUGACAGCUACAGUGAGCUAGGGGUUACCCAAUAUAUGAUUAAGGAUUACACCUCAGCCAUUGAGUCAUACAAGCGAGCACUAAACAUCCGACAAAAGGUAUUGGGUGAAGAUCAUGAGAAGACCGCUCAGAGCCACCAUAACUUGGGUAUUACCCAAUAUAUGCUUAGAGAUUAUACCUCAGCCGCUGAGUCACACAAACGAGCACUAAGGAUCAGACAAAAGGUAUUGAGCGAAGAUCACAAGACGACCGCUGACAGCCACCAUAACCUGGGGCGUACCCAAUAUAUGCUUAAGGAGUACACCUCAGCAAGUGAGUCACACAAGCGAGCAUUACAGAUAAGACAAAAGGUAUUGGGUGAAGAUAAUGAGAACACCGCUGACAGCUACAAUGAACUGGGGCGUACCCAACACAUGCUUAAGGAUUGCACCUCAGCCACUGAGUCACACAAGCGAGCACUCAACAUCAGGCAAAAAGUGCUAGGUGAAGAUCACGAGAACGCCGCUAACAGCUACAAUGAGCUAGGGGUUACCCAAUAUAUGCUUGGAGAUUACACCUCAGCCACUGAGUCACACAAGCGAGCACUAAACAUCAGACAAAAGGUAUUGGGUGAAGAUCAUGAGAACACUGCUGACAGCUACAAUGAGUUAGGGGUUACCCAAUAUAUGCUUGGAGAUAACACCUCAGCCACUGAGUCACACACGCGAGCACUAAAUAUACGACAGAAGGUAUUGGGUAAAGAUCAUGAAAAGACCGCUCAGAGCCACCAUAACUUGGGUAUUACCCAAAAUAUGCUUAGAGAUUAUACCUCAGCCUCUGAGUCACACGAGCGAGCACUAAAUAUCAGACAAAAGGUAUUAGGUGAAGGUCAUGAGAAGACCGCUGACAGCAACCAUAACUUAGCGUGUACCCUAUAUAUGCUUAAGAAUUACGCCUCAGCCUCUGAGUCACACAAGCGAGCACUCAACAUCAGACAAAAGGUAUUGGGUGAAGAUCAUGAGAAGACAGCUGACAGCUACAAUGAGCUAGGGCGUACCCAAUAUAUGCUUAAGGAGUACACCUCAGCCACUGAGUCACAUAAGCUAGCACUAAAUAUUUCACAAAAGCUAUUGGGUGAAGAUCACAAAAUAACCGCCGACAGCCAUCAUAACCUGGGGCGUACCCAAUAUAUACUUAAGGAGUACGCCUCAGCCGCUGAGUCACACAAGCGAGCACUAAAUAUCAGAAAAAAGAUACUACGUGAAAAUCAUGAGAACACCGCUGACAGCUACCGUGAGGUGGGACGUACCCAAUAUAUGCUUAAGGAGUACACCUCUGCCACUGAGUCACACAAGCGAGCACUAAACAUCAGACAAAAGGUAUUGGGUGAAGGUCAUGAGAACACCGCUGACAGCUACCAUGAGGUGGGACGUACCCAAUAUAUGCUUAAGGAGUACACCUCUGCCACUGAGUCACACAAACGAGCACUAAACAUCUGACAAAAGGUAUUGGGUGAAGGUCAUGAGAACACCGCUGACAGCUACAGUGAGUUAGGGGUUGCCCAAUGUAUGCUUAAGGAUAACGCGUCAGCCUCUGAGUCACACAAGCAAGCACUUAACAUCAGACGAAAAGUAUUGGGAGAAGAUCAUGAGAAGACCAGUGACAGCUACCAUGAGGUGGGACGUACCCAAUAUAUGCUUAAGGAGUACACCCCAGCCAUCGAGUCACACAAGCGAGCACUAAAGAUCAGACAAAGGGUAUUGGGUGAAGAUCAUGAGAAGACCGCUGACAGCUACGAUGAGCUAGGGCUUACCCAAUAUACGCUUAAGGAGUACACCCCAGCCAUCGAGUCACACAAGCGAGCACUAAAGAUCAGACAAAGGGUAUUGGGUGAAGAUCAUGAAAAGACGGCUGACAGCUACCAUAACUUAGGGUGUACCCAAUAUUUGCUUAAGAAUUACGCCUCAGCCUCUGAGUCACACAAGCGAGCACUAAACAUCAGACAAAAGGUAUUGGGUGAAGAUCACAAGAUAACCGCUGACAGCCACCAUCAUUUGGGGCGUACCCAAUAUAUCCUUUCGAAGUACACCUCAGCCACUGAGUCACACAAGCGAGCACUAAACAUCAGACAAAAGGUGUUGAGUGAAGAUCAUGAGAAGACCGCUGACAGCUACAAUGAGUUGGGGCGUACCCAAUAUAUGCUUAAGGAUUACACCUCAGCCACUGAGUCACACACGCGAGCACUAGAGAUCAGACAAAAGGUAUUGGGUGAAGAUCACAAGACGACUGCCGACAGCCACCAUAACCUCGGACGUGCCCAAUAUAUGCUUAAGGAGUACACCUCAGCCACUGAUUCACACAAGCGAGCACUAAACAUAAGACAAACGAUAUUGAGUGAAGGUCAUGAAAACAACGCUAACAGCUACCAUGAGCUGGGGCGUACGCAAUAUAUGCUUAAGGAGUACACCUCAGCCAUUGAGUCGCACAAGCGAGCACUAAACAUCAGACAAAAGGUAUUGGGCGAAGAUCAUGAGAACACGGCUGACAGCUACAGUGAGCUGGGACGUACCCACUGUAUGCUUAAGGAAAACACGUCAGCCUCUGAGUCACACCAGCGAGCUCUUAACAUCAGGCGAAAAGUAUUGGGUGAAGAUCAUGAGAACACCGCUAACAGCUACAAUGAGCUAGGGCUUACCCAAUAUACGCUUAAGAAGUACACCUCAGCCAUUGAGUCACACAAGCAAGCACUAAAGAUCAGACAAAAGGUAUUGAGUGAAGAUCAUGAGAAGACAGCUCAGAGCCACCAUAACUUGGGGUGUACCCAAUAUAUGCUUAAGAAGUACACCUCAGCCACUGAGGCGCACAAGCGGGCAUUAACCAUCAGACAAAAGGUUUUAAGUGAAGAUCAUGAGAAGACUGCUGACAGCUACCAUGAGCUGGGGCGUACCCAAUAUAUGCUUAAGGAUUGCACCUCAGCCACUGAGUCACACAAGCGAGCGCUAAAGAUCAAACAAAAGGUAUUGGGUGAAGAUCAUGAGAAGACCGCUGACAGCUACCAUGAGCUGGGGCGUACACAAUAUAUGCUAAAGAACCACACCUCAGCCACUGAGUCACACAAGCGAGCACUAAACAUCAGGCAAACGUUAUUAGGUGAAGAUCAUGAGAAAACUGCUGACAGCUACAAUGAGUUGGGGCUCACUCAAUAUAUCCUUAAGGAGUACACCUCAGCCACUAAGUCACACAAGCGAGCGCUUAACAUCAGACAAAACGUAUUGGGGGAAGAUCAUGAGAAAACCGCUGACAGCUACAAUGAGCUGGGGCGUACCCAAUAUAUGCUUAGUGAUUACACCUCAGCCACUGAGUCACACAAGGUAGCACUAAACAUCAGACAGGAGGUAUUGGGAGAAAAUCAUGAGAAGACCGCUGACAGCUACAAUGAGCUCGGAGUUACCCAAUAUAUACUUAAGGAGUACACCUCAGCCAUUGAGUCACACAAGCGAGCACUAAAUAUCAGACAAAAGGUAUUGGGUGAAGAUCAUGAGAACACCGCUCAGAGCCACCAUAAUUUUGGUAUAACCCAAUAUAUCAUUAGAAAUUAUUCUUCAGCCACUGAGUCACACAGGCGAGCACUUAAGAUAAGACAAAAGGUAUUGGGUGAAGAUCACGAGAAAACUGGUGAGAGUUACCAUAACCAGGGCGCUACGCAAUACAUGCUUAGAGAUUAUACCUCAGCCACUGAGUCACACAAACGAGCACUAAAGAUCCGACAAAAGGUACUGGGUGAAGAUCAUGAAAACACCGCUGACAGCCACCAUAACCUGGGGCGUACACAAUAUAUGCUUAAGGAGUACACCUCAGCCACUGAGUCACACAAGCAAGCACUCAACAUUAGACAAAAGGUAUUCACUGAAUAUCAUGAAAACACCGCUGAAAGCUACAAUGAGUUGGGGCGUACCCAAUUUAUGCUUAAGGAUUACACCUCAGCCAUUGAGUCACACAAGCGAGCACUAAACAUCAGACAAAAGGUAUUGGGUGAAGAUGAUGAGAACACCGCUGACAGCCACAAUGACUUGGGGCGUACCCAAUAUAUGCUUAAGGACUACACAUCAGCCACUGAGUCACACAAGCGAGCACUAAAGAUCAGACAAAAGGUAUUGGGCGAGGAGCAUGAGAAAACCUCUGACAGCGAGAAUGAGCUGGGGCGUACCCAAUAUAUACUUAAAGAUUACACCUUAGCAACUAAGGCACACAAGCGAGCACUAAACGUCAGACAAAAGGUAUUGGGAGAAGAUCAUGAAAAGACCGCUGACAGCUACGAUGAGCUAGGGGUUACCCAAUAUAUGCUUAAGGAGUACACCUCAGCCAUUGAGUCACACAAGCGAGCACUAAACAUCAGAAAAAAGAUAUUGGGUGAAGAGCAUGAGAAGACCGCCCAGAGCCACCAUAACUUGGGUAUUACCCAAUAUAUGCUUAGAAAUUAUACCUCAGCCACUGAGUCACACAGGCGAGCACUUAAGAUAAGACAAAAGGUAUUGGGUGAAGGUCACGAGAAAACUGCUGAAAGCCACCAUAAUCAGGGGGCUACGCACUAUAUGCUUAGAGAGUAUACCUCAGCCAGUGAGUCACACAAGCGAGCACUAAAGAUCAGACAAAAGCUAUUCGGUGAUGAUCACAGGAUGACCGCCGACAGCCACCAUAACUUGGGGCGUACACAAUAUAUGCUUAAGGAGUACACCUCAGCCACUGAGUCACAAAAGCAAGCACUCAACAUUAGACAAAAGGUAUUCGGUGAAUAUCAUGAAAACACCGCUAAAAGCUACAAUGAGUUGGGGCGUACCCAAUUUAUGCUUAAGGAUUACACCUCAGCCAUUGAGUCACACAAGCGAGCACUAAACAUUAGACAAAAGGUAUUGGGUGAAGAUGAUGAGAACACCGCUGACAGCCACAAUGAAUUGGGGUGUACUCAAUAUACGCUUAAGGACUACACCUCAGCCAUUGAGUCACACAAGCAAGCACUAAACAUCAGUCAAAAGGUAUUGGGCGAGGAUCACGAGAAAACCUCUGACAGCGAGAAUGAGCUGGGGCGUGCUCAAUAUAUGCUUAAAGAUUACACCUUAGCAACUAAGGCACACAAGCGAGCACUAAACGUCAGACAAAAGGUAUUGGGAAAAGAUCAUGAAAAGACCGCUGACAGCUACUAUGAGCUAGGGGUUACCCAAUAUAUGCUUAAGGAGUACACCUCAGCUAUUCAGUCGCACAAGCGAGCACUAAACAUCAGACAAAAGGUAUUGGGUGAAGAUCGUGAGAAGACCGCUCAGAGCCACCAUAACUUGGGUAUUACCCAAUAUAUGCUUAGAAAUUAUACCUUAGCCGCUGAGUCACACAGGCGAGCACUAAAGAUCAGACGAAAGGUAUUGGGUGAAGAUCACGAGGAAACUGCUGACAGCCACCAUAAUCAGGGGGCUACGCAAUAUAUGCUUAGAGAGUAUACUUCAGCCAGUGAGUCACACAAGCGAGCACUAAAGAUCAGACAAAAGCUAUUCGGUGAAGAUCACAGGAUGACCGCCGACAGCCAUCAUAACCUGGGGCGUACCCAAUAUAUGCUUAAGGAGUACACCUCAGCCACUGAGUCACACAAGCAAGCACUAAAGAUCAGACAAAAGGUACUGGGUGAAGAUCAUGAAAACACCACUGACAGCUACAUUGAGUUGGGGCGUACCCAAUAUAUGCUUAAAGAUUACACCUCAGCCAUUGAGUCACACAAGCGAGCACUAAACAUUAGACAAAAGGUAUUGGGUGAAGAUGAUGAAAACACCGCGGACAGCUACAAUGAGUUGGGGCGUACCCAAUAUAUGCUUAAGGAUUACACCUCAGCCACUGAGUCACACAAGCGAGCACUAAACAUCAGACAAAAGGUAUUGGGCGAAGAUCAUGAGAAAACCUCUGACAGCGACAAUGAGCUGGGGCGUACCCAAUAUAUGCUAAAAGAUCACACCUUAGCAACUAAGUCACACAAGCGAGCACUAAACGUCAGACAAAAGGUAUUGGGAGAAGAUCAUGAAAAGACCGCUGACAGCUACAAUGAGCUAGGGGUUACCCAAUAUAUGCUACAGGAGUACACCUCAGCCAUUAAGUCGCACAAGCGAGCACUAAACAUCAGACAAAAGGUAUUGGGUGAAGAUCGUGAGAAGACCGCUCAGAGCCACCAUAACUUAGGUAUUACCCAAUAUAUGCUUAGAAAUUAUACCUCAGCCACUGAGUCACACAGGCGAGCACUAAAGAUCAGACGAAAGGUAUUGGGUGAAGAUCACGAGGAAACUGCUGACAGCCACCAUAAUCAGGGGGCUACGCAAUAUAUGCUUAGAGAGUAUACCUCAGCCAGUGAGUCACACAAGCGAGCACUAAAGAUCAGACAAAAGCUAUUCGGUGAAGAUCACAGGAUGACCGCCGACAGCCAUCAUAAACUGGGGCGUGCCCAAUAUAUGCUUAAGGAGUAUCCCUCAGCCGCUGAGUCACACAGGCAAGCACUAAAGAUCAGACAAAAGGUAUUGGGUGAAGAUCAUGAAAACACCACUGACAGCUACAAUGAGUUGGGGCGUACCCAAUAUAUGCUUAAAGAUUACACCUCAGCCAUUGAGUCACACAAGCGAGCACUGAACAUCAGACAAAAGGUAUUGAGUGGAGAUGAUGAGAAUACUGCUGACAGCUACAAUGACUUGGGGCGUACCCAAUAUAUGCUUAAGGAUUACACCUCAGCCACUGAGUCACACAAGCGAGCACUAAACAUCAGUCAAAAGGUACUGGGCGAAGAUCAUGAGAAAACCUCUGACAGCGACAAUGAGCUGGGGCGUACCCAAUAUAAGCUUAAAGAUUACACCUUAGCAACUAAGUCACACAAGCGAGCACUAAACGUCAGACAAAAGGUAUUGGGUGAAGAUCAUGAAAAGACCGCUGACAGCUACGAUGAGCUAGGGGUUACCCAAUAUAUGCUUAAGGAGUACACCUCAGCCAUUAAGUCGCACAAGCGAGCACUAAACAUCAGACAAAAGGUAUUGGGUGAAGAUCGUGAUAAGACCGCUCAGAGCCACCAUAACUUAGGUAUUACCCAAUAUAUGCUUAGAAAUUAUACCUCAGCCACUGAGUCACACAGGCGAGCACUAAAGAUCAGACGAAAGGUAUUGGGUGAAGAUCACGAGGAAACUGCUGACAGCCACCAUAAUCAGGGGGCUACGCAACAUAUGCUUAGAGAUUAUACCUCAGCCAGUGAGUCACACAAGCGAGCACUAAAGAUCAGACAAAAGCUAUUCGGUGAAGAUCACAGGAUGACCGCCGACAGCCAUCAUAACCUGGGGCGUACCCAA